AUGCUGGGGCUCACUCUGCUCAGGGCUCUGCGGACCCAGCGCCCACCACGGCUGGUCGGGACGGCUCCGGUGCGGCGUGUCCCUUUAUCGGGUUCAUGCGGGCUGUCCCCGCCAUGCUGGACGGGUCCCGUCCGCACGCUGCGGCUGAGCACCGCCUUCUGCGCAGGUCACAACAAGUGGUCAAAGGUCAAGCACAUCAAGGGUCCGAAGGAUGAGGCGAGAGGAAAAAUUAUCGCGAAGUUUGGGAUGAUGAUCAGAAUAGCUGUGAAGGAAGGUGGAUCCAACCCGGAACUGAAUAUAAACUUGGCCAAUUUAGUGGAGCAAUGCAGGAGCAAGAACAUCCCCAAAGCAUCCAUAGAUGCAGCAAUCAAGAACGCGGAAAAAGCCAAACCCGCGUCGCAGCACACGUUCGAGGCGCGGGGGCCCGGCGGGUGUGCGCUGCUCAUCGAGACUCUGACUGACAACAACACCCGGACCCACCAGGAGAUCAAACGCCUGCUCACCAAGAACGGCGGGACGCUGUCUGACGGAGCUCGUCAUAACUUUAUCCGGAUGGGCGUGGUGAUGGCGCCCGCGGAGAACGUCUCCGCAGAGAAAGCGCUGGAGAUGGCCAUCGAGGCCGGAGCUGAAGACGUCCAAGAAACCGAGGAGGAGGAGGAGAAGCUCCAGCUGAAGUUUGUCUGUGCCGUGUCAGACCUGAACAAGGUGCGCGGCUCCCUGGAGGGACUGGGAUUACACAUCACAUCUGCAGGCUUGGAGUUCGUCACUCGCAAUCACUCCUGCCUGGAUCAGGAGCAGAUGGAAGCUGCUUCCUCUCUCAUAGAGGCCCUCACUGACCUCCCAGAUGUAGUGAGAGUGUGGGACAAUAUCCAGGCCGACAGCUGAGACGGUCGGGGCGACGCUGCAUAUUUGGAACGACGGGAGGAUUUGCCAUCUGAUAGCUUCCAAAAGAGCUGGAAACUGGGCAUGUUGUGGCAGAGAAGAGACACUUUUGAAUGUUUUACCUGUGGAGAAAAAAAAACGUUAAAAAGAAUCAAAAUGUGGUAACCAUUAAAAGAGAGAAUUGUUUUCCA